AUGUCUCGAGCUCUACAACAGCUUCUAAACCCAGUUGAUGGUGAGGAUGAUCCAACGAUCCAUGGAGCUUUCCGUCCAAAUGGCUUUAUGAAUAAUGUGGCCAUCAACCAUGCUGAUUUUGGCGCUGGAAAUAACUAUGGCGGAGAGUUUUUGAAUGAUGUACCUAUUUUCCAAGGGGAUCUUCUUUCCGAUACUUCUAGCUCGACAAUGGUUGAUCCCGGAUUCAACCAGCUGUCAGAUACCACCACGUUGGGCAGCGAAACUGAGUACAGCUUGGACGCCGAUCUAUUGGAGUGGGGAAACACAGUUUUACUACAAGAAAAUCUUCAACAUGAUUUUGAUUGGCCUCAGCCUUCAUUUGCGUCUCAACAGAUAUCCCAGGCUCCAUCACUUUCGCCUCUGCCAGAUCAAUAUGCCACACAAUCCGUCGCACAGGUGGACGACAUAAAUACCGUUGUAUGUUAUGGGAUGCUGCACUCAAUCGAUAUCAAACUAGUUGGUGACAUGUCGGUCAUCGACGUGAGGCUCCGCGCAGCCGACUCGAUAUAUCAGCGUUUUGAACUCUCGAACGAACAGGAUCAAAUCAGCAUACGCUUCCCCGAGAAUAAAGAGAAAUUCGGAUACCUACGCUCGGGCGAGACCAAGACAAUCUCACAGGUGCUUUCCCACAACGUAACCUUCGAACCUAUUGCCCUCAAGGCGGCUCUUCGAGAGGUCAUCGGGCGCGCGCACAAGCCGGCAGAUGCAAUGGUAAAACUAGACAUCAAUGUGUACGGGCCGCGACAAGAGUCGUCACGCGUGAGUGAUGCACUAUCCCGCGGCAAGCUAUGGUUGCAGAGACCAGAUUAUACUAGAGAAGGGAUUAUUUAUGAGAACCCACAUUUCUUGAAGCUCAAGAUCAACGGCAAUCGGGAGAGAACUCUGCUACCAAUAGAGCAUGUUGUGGGUCAUACAGCACCAAGGAGAAACGUUAGGGAAGAGCAGCUUCGAAAAUUGGUGGAGGAAGUAUAUCAAUCAGUCGACAACAGCCGCGAGCUAGAAAGGGUUGACGGGGGAGCAAGGGUCACCCAACAGUUACUCAGACACCAGCAAGAAGCUUUAGCUUUCAUGCUAGAGCGAGAAUCCGGUCACAUUGCGGAGAGAUACAGGCUUUGGCGGGAGGUUUCUCUGGAAGGAAAAGUACAGUAUCAACAUAAGAUCACCAAGGCUAGGAGAUUAAUUCAGCCAGAGGAGUCAGGAGGUGGCAUCUUGGCUGACGAAAUGGGCAUGGGGAAGUCGCUUUCCAUUCUAGCGUUGGCCAUGAAGACGCUCGACGAUGGCCAAGAAUGGGCUGACGAGUUGAAUGUUGGACCUGUGGGAAAGAAGCCGAUUAAGCAUUCUCGUUCAACACUUAUCGUUGUAUCAUCUGGCUUAUUGAUCACCAACUGGGAGACUGAAAUAAGAAAUCAUCUACAAGCAGGCCUCAAGGUAAUCGUAUACCAUGGUCGACGAAGGGAGAAGGAUGUAGACAAGAUACAAGACUCAGAUAUUGUCUUGACCACCUACAGCACACUUGCGGUGGAAUAUCAAAGGAAGAAAGUUGAGCCUUCUAUCUUACAUCUCAUUGGAUGGUAUCGAGUAGUUCUGGACGAGGCUCACAUCAUCCGCCGCCCUUCCGGAACUUUUUAUCACUCCUGCAGUGAGCUGAGCGCUCAUUCUCGCUGGUGCCUUACUGGAACACCCAUUCAAAACAAACUAGCCGAUAUCGGGACACUCUUCUCCUUCAUCCGCGCCGAACCCUUCAACAAGGCCGCAACCUUCCGCAAGUGGAUCGACAUCGCGUUUGAGCAUAAUGCAGACGACCCAAAGCAAGUUAAGGACCGCUUGGUGAUGCUUCUCGAAGCGUUCUGCUUGCGGCGGACAAAGGAUGUUCUAGAAUUGCCCAACUUGCGGCAAGACAUCCGCUGGCUAGAUCUUAGCCCCGAGGAGCGCACGCAGUAUGACAGCACGCAACGAAUCUUGAUGCGUUCAAUCAAACAGCGCGUUGGAGAGACGGAAAAGGGCUCCAAGUUCGGACUGUUCCAAGCAAAUUUGCAGCUACGCAUUCUUUGCAACCACGGAACGUACCAGAAGCCAUUUUCAUGGCAGCGGCGUAUUUACCAGGAUGAGAGGGAGGCGAAAGGAUGCGCACUCGGAAGAGACGAGGAAAUCAAGUGCUCUGUUUGCCAACAGCCCAUGCCACUUAUCGGGUCAAGCUAUUUGGGAGAUAUGUUUGAAGACCACUGUUCGCAUGUACUGUGUUCCGAGUGCAUCGAAGAGUCGACCAUGCCGGGCUCUGGGCUGCAGGUGCGUCGCUGUCCUGUGUGUGUAGAAUGGCGAAGGCCCCAUGAAUCCGGGGAUGUUGAAAUGACAGAUGCCCUUGUGAGGAGGACCUCGUUUGGUGACGACCAUGACUAUUACUUCAGCUCGCAAGGACAUUCCACAAAAAUGAAGAAGUUGGUUGAAGACGUGAGAACCAAUCUUUUGGAGACGAAAAGUAUCAUCUUUUCGUGUUGGACACGGACGCUGCAUUUGGUGUCAAGAUACCUACGUGAAGAGAACAUCCCUUUCCUGUGUAUUGAUGGGAACUGUCCCCUUCAAAAGCGGCAGGAGAACCUUGAAAUAUUUGAGAAGAGCAAUGAAAAGCCCGUCCUUCUCAUGACAACGGGUACCGGCGCUUUCGGUCUCAACCUAACAUGUGCCAACCGAAUCUUCAUCGUCGAGCUACAAUGGAACCCCAGUGUUGAAUACCAGGCCAUCGCCCGCGCCAUCCGAUUUGGCCAAAAGAGCGAGGUCCAAGUCAUGAGAUAUAUCAUCCGACACACGGUUGAAGAGGACAUGAGAAAGCAGCAGCAACGGAAGAAACAGCUUGCCACCUUUGGAUUUGACGAACAUGUAGACGAGAUGGAUGUGGAGGCGCAGCAACCUUAG